CUGUCAGAUGACUAACCCUAACCCACAGUGUUAUAGCAGGGUCGACAUCCGAGAAGGAUCAUAACUGCCCCAGUCUCCUCACAGACAGACAGGUGUGAUGUGUGUGCUCAGGUGUGUGUGCGUGCUGCUGUGUUUGAGUGUUUGUGUGUGUCUGAACCUGCUGCAUGAAGCUGUGAUGUUCAGCGGACCAAGAGGAAGUUUGUUUGGAUUCUCUGUCGACUUUCACACCGUUGACAACAAAUUUUUUGUUGUCAUUGGAGCCCCCAAAGCCAACACCAGCCAAUCAGGAGUGAUGCAGGGAGGGGGCGUGUUCCUUUGUUCCUGGUCACCUGGAGGCGGGGCCUGUGACAUCAUCAAUUUUGACCUGAAAGGUGAUGAGGACUACAACAGUUCUGACGUGUUGUUUCACACCUUCAAGAGCCAACAGUGGUUCGGAGCUUCAGUUCGAUCAGUCAACAGCACACACUUAUUGAUGAAAUCAAAUUAA